CCAGGACUAUGUGGACGCCUUCUCGAUGGCUCCAGUCACGAGAGCAACCACUGAACGUGCAGAGGUCUGCUCCGUCUCCCCUUCGGACUCUCCGCCGGUCGCAGCUGUUUCUGCGACUUCCACCUGAACAGGACCACGCUCAGCAAUGGCUGCCAUCUCUCUGUAGUGUAGUGAUGUCCAAUGUCGGCCGUUCACAACUAUAUAACAGCCACUUGCACUUCUGAGCGAAUUGUUUGUGAGAGCAGGGGCAAAAAAUAGUACGCGCCCCUUUUAUUUUUGACUCGCUCGUGUAUUUUUUGCGCUUCGAUUGCGGUA